AGACCAUCAGCAUUAGACAAAAAGACAUCUGGUAUUCCUAACCUGGGAACUGCUUCCCAGAAGAGCCUUCCAGGUAUCACGGGUACUUGCAGCUUCAGACAAUCAGCUUGGAGAAGCCUAAUUGCAGCGCUUUAUCCUCCUGGUUCCAUCUAGAUUGUGGCAUUAAGACAACAGCAAACAAAAAUUGCUGCUGAAUUGAAGUGACUGGAAACAGGAACUGCCAAUUUAAGAGGUUGCUGGGAAGAGAAGAGAUGGGAAAAUGCAUCUGCUCUAAAGACUCUUGCAUGUGAGUUAGAUUAAUUUCUUGAGAGAAACCUUCAUAAAGGGCUAAAUAAAUAAGGUCUACAUAUACUGAAGUUUCUUACUUCUGCUGCAUUUGAGACACAGCUAAACUCGUCUGUCUGGAAAUCUGAAGACUUUUAUAGCAAACCCUCCAGUGUCAAAAUGAACACAGAUAGCGGUGGGUGUGCUCGCAAACGCGCUGCAAUGUCUGUCACAUUAACAGCUGUGAAGAGAGUUCAGAGUUCUCCAAACCUAUUGGCCUCAGGGUCUGAUUCUCAGUCUCCAGAUUCAGCUUGGAGAUCUUACAAUAAUGGAAGUAGAGAGACACUGAAUGGAGACGCCAGCAGUUCAUCUCUUUCAGCAAAAGGUUUUAGGAGCGUGCGGCCAAAUCUACAGGAUAAAAAAUCACCAACUCAGGCUCAGAUCACAGUGAAUGGGAAUUCUGGCACUGCUGCCAGCCCAGUGAGUCACUUUCAAAGGCCUUUUUCCCCUUCUUCAGCUUACCCUGCACCACCUUUGCUCAAUUCCAACAUUGCUAUCAUGCAGCAUGGCAGGAUGAUGGAGUCCACAGAGACAUACUCACAGCAUGUUCAGAAUGUUGGCAGCACCACCACCACCAGUACAAUACCAAUCUGUAGAUCCUCAGAAGAAGAAAAAAAAAUUACAGUAAUUAAAGCUCCACAUUAUGCAGGGAUUGGCCCGGUAGAUGAAUCUGGAAUCCCUACAGCAAUUAGAACGACAGUUGACAGGCCAAAGGAUUGGUACAAGACCAUGUUCAAGCAAAUCCAUAUGGUUCAUAAGCCUGAUGACGACACAGACUUGUAUAAUACUGCAUAUGCAUACAGUACUGGUAGCUACAGUCCAUCCUUCUCUGCUCAGGCACACCCAGCUGCAAAGACACAGACGUACAGACCGCUGUCCAAAAGCGCUUCUGACAGCGGCUCCGAUGCCUUUAAGGUCUCAUCCCCUUUGCCACCCCACGUGCCACCUCCAGUACCCCCUCAUCGCAUGAGGCAAAGGUCUACCCCAGAAAAGAAUGACUGGGAUCCUCCUGACAGAAAGGUAGAUACUCGCAAGUUCCGUUCUGAACCAAGAAGUAUUUUUGAGUAUGAGCCAGGAAAGUCGUCGAUCCUUGAACAUGAAAGACCGACUGAUCGCAUAAACCCAGAUGACAUAGAUUUAGAAAACGAACCCUGGUAUAAAUUCUUUUCAGAGCUGGAAUUUGGACGUCCGCCACCUAAAAAGCUUUUGGACUAUGUUCAAGACAGUUCUUCUGGUGUUUCCAAUGAGGCUUCCUUGUAUCAUCACUAUUCAACAGACAGAGGCCUGGACAGGCCCUCUAGUUCUGCAAGUACUGCAAGUGACUACAGAAAGCGAAGGAAGUCAGAACCUGCUGUAAGUCAUCAGAGGGCACACAGUGACCAGAAUGCAAACAGACCUAACCUGGGCCGGACAGACACACAGGGCCCAUGUCCCACCCUUAGGAAGCCUUUAACUAGCUCAUCUCCUUCUUCUCCAUCAAGAGCAAAAGGUGGGGAUAUUAGCAAAGUAUACCCAUCCCUUUUAAGUUACUCAGUGCACAACCACAACACCUCAAGUGAAUUAGAUUACUGUAGCACUUACAGACAGCAUUUAGCUGUUCCAAAUGAUUCAAGAAGGACAACCAACUACAAGAAUGGCUGGCAAAUGACUCGCCAAAAUGCAGAAGUCUGGAGCAGCACAGAGGAAAGUGCUUCUCCAAAGAGGAAAUCUCGUAGCUGCGAUGACCUGCUAACAGAUGAUCGCGAUAGCUAUCCCGAUGCACAGGCCAAGGCUGAAAGCAUGGGCUCUCUGUUAUGUGAGGAGRACUCCAAAGACAUUUGCUCAAUGAACUGGAACUCCCCAUAUGUUGAGGGCCGUAGUAGUGGUAGGUCAAGAGUUCGUCACAGAUCUGCACACGAUGCUCCAGGUUUCCUGAAGAUGUACAAAAAGAUGCACCGCAUCAAUCGCAAGGACUUGAUGAAUUCUGAGGUGAUUUGUUCUGUGAAGUCCAGAAUAUUGCAGUAUGAAAAAGAACAGCACAAAGGUAUUCUUCAAGGCUGGAGAGAAUCUUCUACUGAGGAGGUGCCCAGAGACAUGGUGCCAACCAGAAUAUCUGAAUUUGAAAAGUUAAUUCAGAAGUCAAAAUCGAUGCCGAACCUUGGUGAUGACAUGUUGUCAGCUGUUACAUUAGAGCCUCCUAAAAAUGGAUUGUGUCCAAAGAGGAGAUUUUCUAUCGAAUCCUUGCUGGAAGAAGAAACACCAGUCAGACAUCCCUCUCAGGUACAACGGAAUUACAAGUCUAAAACCCUGGUGCCAAUUCAUAUUGAAGUGACCAGUGAUGAGCCACAACGUUCACAUAUAGAUUUUUCAGACAGCGAUCAAGAUGGAGUGGUUUCUGAUCUCAGUGACUUUAUCCAGAUAGAGGGUUCAUCCUUUUGUAGUGAAAGUGACUUUGAUCACUUUUCCUUCACAUCUUCUGAAAGCUUUUAUGGAUCAGGUCAUCACCACCACCACCAUCACCACCACCACAGGCAUCUCAUCAGCUCCUGCAAAGGGCGAUGCCCAGCAUCCUACACCCGCUUCACCACCAUGCUAAAACAUGAAAGGGCUAAGCAAGAAACCACUGAAGAUCCCAGGAGACAGGAAGCAGAGUCUGGCCUCUCUAAGAUAGCAUUCCUAGUCAGUCCAGUGCCUUUCCGGAGGAAAAAAAGUGCAGCUCCUAAAAAACACACUGAAAAGAAAAAAUGCAAGUCAUCUGUAUUUGAAGCACUAGAUUCUGCACUUAAAGACAUCUGUGACCAAAUUAAAGCUGAAAAAAGGCGGGGAAGCUUGCCCGACAACAGUAUAUUACACAGACUUAUUACUGAGCUGCUUCCAGACAUUCCAGAAAGGAAUUCAUCUCUUAAAGCUCUGAAAAAGAGUCCCACGCACCAGCCUUUUCAUCCACUGCCUCAAGAUGGUGCUAUCCAUUGUCCACUGUACCAGAAUGAUUGUGGAAGAUUACCUCUUAGUGCCUCUUUUCCAGACAUGGAUGCAACUAACAACAAUGAUAGUGCACUGUGUUUCCAAGACCAGGAGUCUCCUGGAAGCUAUUCUUCUGCUUUCACUGAUGUGGGACGAUGUGCUCCAAGGGAGAGAAGAGGAACUACAGACAAAGAGAAACUGCCAGCUAGAGCUGUAUAUGACUUUAAAGCUCAAACUUCUAAAGAGCUGUCCUUUAAGAAAGGAGAUACUGUCUAUAUCCUCAGGAAAAUUGAUCAAAACUGGUAUGAGGGUGAGCACCAUGGAAGAGUUGGAAUAUUCCCAAUUUCUUAUGUUGAGAAACUUUCUCCCCCAGAAAAAGCACAGCCUGCCAGGCCACCUCCCCCUGCACAGAUUGGAGAGAUUGGAGAAGCUGUUGCCAAAUAUAAUUUCAGUGCAGACACAAAUGUGGAGUUAUCACUUAGAAAGGGAGACAGAGUAAUCCUUCUUAAGCGAGUUGAUCAAAACUGGUAUGAAGGUAAAAUACCAGGAACCAACAAACAAGGCAUCUUCCCUGUUUCCUACGUAGAAGUCAUCAAAAAGAAUCCAUCAAAAAGUGUUGAUGACUAUCCUGAGCCUCCAAUACCCCAAAGCUAUUCUAGUGACAGAAUACAUCAUUUAAGUUCAACUAAGCCACAGCGCCCUGUGCUUUCUCAUGAAAACAUACACAGUGGGGGGGAACCGUUUCAGGCUCUAUAUAACUAUACUCCUAGGAACGAAGAUGAAUUGGAGCUCAGAGAGGGAGAUGUCAUUGAUGUGAUGGAAAAGUGUGAUGAUGGAUGGUUUGUGGGAACCUCAAGAAGAACCAAAUUCUUUGGUACUUUCCCUGGAAACUAUGUCAAGAGGCUGUGAAUUUUUUUUUCUACUUAUUUAUGCUGCAUCUCUGCAACACAUCUGCAUAAAGCUGCUAGAAAACAUGCUACGCUGGCCUUCUGUUUUCUUGCUUGCAGUCUCAAAUAAGAGGCCAUCUAGUUCAUCCUCAUCCCAUCUCACCCACCAAACCGUUCCAGCAGUAUUACAGCAACAACCACAGUGUGAAUAACUAAGCUUUUCUGAGACAAGAGGAGUAAUUUAAACAUUUAAAUAUUCCCUGCUCGAAAGUCUUUUCAUGGGAAACACUAUAGGAAAAGCCUGACAACAGGUACAGGGAUGAGUUGCCAUGGGGGGUAGGGGGGAAAGGGGAAAAAGUGUUCUUGGUUUGAACAUUUGUGGUACUACCAUGGAGUCUGGUGGGAUUUUUUUCAGCAUGCAUGUAAUACAGGGGAAAGUUGCUGUUUACUAUUUUUUAAAAAAUUGAUUUUACACAUUCUUAUUAGCUUGGCAGCAUUUGUUGCUUCCACAUUGCUGUGUCACGGGUUUGCCUGUUGUACUGGUUUACAAUGUAUGACAAACUAUAAUAUAGAUUUUUUGCCUGCACUUGUAUGCUGUAACAAAUGCACAGUGAUUGUAAAAUCUCAUGCAAGCAAAGUAAAAAGAUGGAAGAACUGCAAGUGUUCUGAACGGGUGCAAUGGUAUUGGCUAAUUUUUUUUUUCUUUUUUUCCCUAAUGAAAAACUGUAGUGAACCUUGUAGUGUUUUCUGUUAGAAGGUAAGAAGUGCAAAAGGCAUAAAGAUUUGGGAAAGAGGAUUUAAGGAAGAGACAGACAAUGCUGUAAGCUACAAUAAUAUAACCUGCUACUGAUGUCUGAUAUUAAGUGGUUGUAAUCAAAAUGUUGUAAUAGUAAGCAACAUGAAGUGUAAGAGGUUAGUGUUUUUACUUAUCAGGAAUUUAAAGAAGCAGGAAGUAAACAGUGUUAGUGCAAAGGGUUGUUGGGUUUUGGUUUUUUUCUUUCCUAACAUAGCCACCUGCAAAAUAUUCACAAGCAUCAUGUACUGAUUUAUUUCACUAUGUGUAUGUAUGUAUGUUAAUGAAACCCAAGUUACACAUUCUUUUUAGGAAUUUAGACAGAA